CUUGUACAGGGAGGAAGAGGAGGAGGAGGAGGAGGGGAAGUGGUUCUGAGGCGAUGCAGCAGGCAGAGAGAGGCGAGAGCACGAGGGACAAACCUGCCUGCAGAGAGAGCAAAGUCGGAUAAUAAUCAUGUCAGCCUCCUGGAAGCAGCUCUUUUUUCAGAUCCUCCUGCUUCUCGUCUCCUGCAGACACAUCAAUACAAAGACACCUGGCCCAACGCCCCCGCCACUGAUUCCUAUCGAUCAACUGCCAACUGAUGUCAGGAGCGUUGUUCUUAAAGGUGAGAGCCACACAGAGAAAGUUGAACUGUUGAACCCUGUGAAUCUGGCACUGGAGUGUACCUGGACAGGUAAUCAGGACAAACUGCCAAACAUAACGGGGCUCUGGAGGAAAAAUGGGGAGGAGGUACAGAACAGCAGUCAAACAGUGCUGUUGGAGAACGAUCAGUAUAAUCUCAAACGAGUGUUCAGCAUAGUCAAUGAAGAAAACCUUGGAAGUUACACAUGCGAGUUUGGAAGUAAAGCCAAAAUAGACUUUGUUUUGGCAGCUCCACAGAUCGGAGAGGUGCGAGACAAGCCGAUAGUCAGCUAUGUGGGGGACUCUGUGGUGAUCACAUGCAAAAUGGAGGACACCAAACCACAGCCCAGCACCUGGAACUGGUACAGAGCAAAUGGUACAGACAAGGAGCAGAUUUCCACAGCUCAAGAGCCUCUUCGGUAUGAAAUCAAAAGCGAAGAAAGGAAUACCAAAUUAGUGGUGCACAGCCUGGUGGAGGCCGACGGAGGCUUGUAUUACUGCGGCGCAGUGUACGCCAUCAGCACCAGCAUGAGCCACGUAAAGCUGAAGGUCAUCAACUUCCAUGAGCCUCUGAAGCCCUUCAUCGCCAUCGUGAUCGAGGUGAUCGUCUUAGUCGCCAUCAUUCUGCUCUACGAGAAAAGCCAGUCCAAGAAGAACAGCGCAGCAGGGGAGAAUGGGACUACAGACCAAACAAAUACACUGACUCAAGGAGAAAGUAAUGGACCAGAGGAAAGUUCUUCAAUGAGACAAAGAAAAGUUUAAAGGAUUGAAAUCCAAAAUGGUCCAAGCUUCUUUGAAACCUAUUUGUUCAUAUUCAAAUGUGAAUUACAUACUUUCAAAUGCAAUAUCUCUGCAACUAUGUUGUGUCUAUGUUCACCAAACAAAGUGCAAUAACCUGUUCACAAGUAGCCUCUUCUAGGUGUAAUGCUCACUCUAUUUCUCUCACUCUAUAACUGUGCUGUCAUGGCAGCUAAAAGAGCAAAGCAUUUGCCUUCUGUGUUUUCUUCUAUAAGGAGCCCUGGCCUGUAUGCAACCACUUCCUGUUGUGAAACUCAUACGGUCGCUAUUUGACACCUCUUUCAAAAGGAAGUAUUUUUCUUCUUUCGGGCAAUAAUUUAAACCUAAACGCCGCUUUACUUUUUAUUCAGGAGAUUUGGUUCGUGAGCAGUGCCUUACACUUAUAAAAAGCACUUUCAGUCAUAUUGUGCUACUACUGUCUUUGUUUAUCUUUUCCAUCCUUUUUUUAUUAUUUAUUUAUUACCUUAACAUGUAUAUCAAUCAUCACAUAUGCAGACGCUUGUGUGUUUUUCAUGUUAAUGUAUCAGAAGAUGGUCAGAGUUAUUAGCCUGCAUUUAACCCUAAAGUUGUACCACUAUAUGUAAACACACAAAUUAAAUCUACACAAGUCACUGCUUGGAAUAACUAUAUACGCCUUUGUGAAGCUGAUAUGGAGACAGACAAGUGUAGCACGACUGCACAUGUGAAGAGAAGUUGUAUAAAUCCUUAUGUGGCUUACGAUGGACAAGAAUAAAUAAUAUAUGGAAUAAAAGAGGAUAUAUCUGCA